AUGUGGAACAAAAACUGGGUUGUUAUCGAGAAUGGCUGCGAGCUGUGUAUCGGACCUGGCGCGGCAUGUGACGUCGUUGUGCCUUUGCCGAAACCGCAUAUCAUCGAUUUAAUUACCGGCACUUUACGUGACCCCGUCUUUGCCUGCUUGUCUUGCACUGAGGAGGGGGAGUUGCUGCUCAACAUCAUUCCCCGCCUACUGUACGUGUACGUCGGCGGCAUUCAAGUUGUGCGACACCGUCAACAGAUACGGAUUUUUCCCGGCGCUUACCUCUCUUUUUGCAAACUGACCCCCCAAACGACUUUCCGUUUCUUCACACCUGCCACCCUUCCAGUGGAGAGGCCGGUGCCGGGGAUAACCUCAACUCCGCCGACUCCUGGGUCCCCUGUGAAAGGUCGCAUUGCCUCGGCAUUAUUGUUGCCUUCUCGGUCGUUGGGUGCUAAAGUUGAAAAGGUGAAGUCUCCUCGAUCAAAACGCCCGGUGCAUAUCACAGCGCCGUCUGAUAAAGGCGAUGCGCGGCCAGUGUUGACGUCGUAUGACUCGGAACCACCACGGGGCGCCGGGAAAACUCCUGACUGGUUCUCAACCGAUUCUGCAGGAUCAGCUCUCACACAUGCCGCACCGCCAUAUUUGAGCAAGACGGAUCCCCCGCUGCCACCAUCCCCGCAUGUCAUCGUGCCUUUUGUGGUGGAGGUGAGGGAGGAGCGCGUCACACUGCACACUGUUAUGGGGCAAAGUACUCUUACUGGGUCAGACCUUGACCAAUCGUCGGAGUCCACACACAGAGAAACGACAGUCAAGUGUAGGCCCAAAGCGAUUGAUCCUUAUGUGACAUGCCACGGUUACGAUAUGUUGAAAUGCGUUCGCUACAUGCGCUUUGAGACACCGGUGCGUUCCGCGGCGUCAAGCGUGUUGGAAUGCAUUGAUGGUGCCUACGACUCACAAGAGUGCACAUUCAUGCAAUUUCCGCAACGUACCAAAAAAAUGUUACUUGAACACUUUUUGCUACUGGCAGAGCAUGCAAUUGUUUUCAUGCUAAUGUCACCGUUAACGAUUCGGUGUAAGUCGCCCAUUCUCUGCUGCGGUGAUAUUCACGGUAGCUUUGCUGAUCUAAAGUUUAUUGCCGACAAUGUGGUGCCAUUUCGUCACUGGUCCCUCAUGACAACGCCAGUGCUUUUUCUGGGCGACUACGUGGAUCGUGGCUUGCAUGACGUGGAGGUCGUCUUGUAUUUGCUUGCCUGGCAAGCGCUUUGCCCAGAGACUGUCAUCAUUUUGCGUGGUAACCACGAGGAUGAAAAUGUGAAUGGGGACAUUGAAACAUUUGGUGAUUCCUCCUUCCGCAAAAAGUGUUGUAACUUUUUUGGCAACGACGAUGGCGAGAUGUUUUGGAGACGCGUAAAUGACGUCUUCGCAACGCUUCCCCUAAUGGCGAUCAUAGACGAUACGAUCUUUGCGUGUCACGGGGGUAUUCCGCUGCUGUGCACCAACGCAGACUGUUGUGAUGUCAGUGGACGCGAGAAGGAGCCACCACAGGAAGGGCAGCAGAUGCAUGAGGGGCAGAAAUUGGGGAAGAAAGGGAAGGAAACACACGGAAUUUUGUCUCCCGCAAGUGUAACGUCAACAUACGAUGACAGCAUUCCGCACGAAGACUUCCUACAGUUUCUUAUGAACGCUACAUCGAGUGAAGUGAGCGAAUUUCGCUUUCGCUGUGUGAUGCCGGAGAGUAAUGAUGACGAACUUACAGCGCGGUACCGUCGUCUUGCGCGCGAGCUGCUCUGGAACGAUCCCGCGUCGUCUGCCGUGUCCAGUGACACCAUGUUGAUGCGAAGUGAGCAGGAAAAUGAAGGGCAGGCGUCUUGCCAAGUCCAGUUUGACGCCCACGGCUUUCGCAGCAAUAUUGGGCGAGGGGAUCAUAAAAACACCAUUCGCGAGUUUUCUGUGGCUGCACUAGAAUCCUUUAUGCAGCGCUUGGGAUUCACACUACUGAUCCGUGCGCAUCAGCAGAAAAUGGCUGGACUGGAGAUGGGCUUCUCCGGCCGCGUAAUAACACUUUUCUCCUGCUGCAACUACUUGGGCGACGCGAACAGUGCAGGUGCCUGUCUCAUUCUGAAUAAAGAGGUGCACCCCGUCUCAUGGUGUCGCACUGUUGUAAGUCGUGCCGCAGGGAGCACGUCUCAACCCUGGUGGAAGCCUGCAGAGCCUGGCAUGUGGAGUUCCGGCUCACUCGUUGAAAGUCUCUGCAGUACCACAGAUAAGUUCAAGGACAAACCGCCGGUGCCGUCCUACGUGGGAUCCUCGAUCGUGAGGGUUGGGUAG